AUGUCGGUAAGUUAUUGGUUUAAGUUUUCCCGAUACGAUGAUCUGCAGUCGUUCUACUACUACUACUACUACUACUACUACUACUACUACUACUACUACUACUACUACUACUACUACUACUACUACUACUACUACUACUACUACUACUACUACUACUACUACUACUACUACCUAUGCGGCGGACUAGCUGAUCAAGUGGAUCUGCCGUUGUUACGGGCAGCAUUUAUUCCGUUUGGGGAUAUUGUGAACAUCAAUAUGCCCAUGGACUAUCAGACAGGUACUUAAAAGCAUCGUGGAUUUGCAUUUAUCGAAUUCGAAGAGGUCGAGGACGCAAUCAGCGCGAUUGACAAUAUGAACGAGAGCGAGAUUUUCGGUCGUACAAUUCGAGUCAAUGUGGCUAGACCCGUUCGCAUUCGCGAAGGUUGGAGCAAACCG